AUGAUUCGCAUAUGUGCCGCUGUGUCUGGAGAAGUCAUUGCGGUCAUUCAAGCCGAAGACUUUGAAGGUACUGUGAAAGCACUGAAGCUUUUCUUGGCACCCAGGCUGGACUGUUCCAGAUUCCGUCAGCGGCUAGUUUCCCAAGAUGGUUUGGAACUUUGCGACUAUGCCCUGGUUUUGCCUCCUGCGAAUUUGCAGAUGAUUCUCUUGCAGCUCAGGCUACCUGAUACCAAGGAGCAGGAGCAACUUGUUGCGCGCGCAAGCGUUGACGGAGCAGCAAACGGACCAGUUGGAGCAGGCUGGAGCGAACAAAGACCAGGCUACAACAGACCUUGGCGCGACGCCACUGCUUUUAGCAGUGCAGCACAGCCACUUGGAAGUCGUCCGUUUGCUGCUUGA